UAAUUAAAUAUCUAAUUGAAAUUCGUUGAAAAAAGAGAAUACACUUAAAUUUUAAAAUAAAUACGAUGAAAACCCUUUGAAUAAAAAUAUAUAUUGAAUUAGAACAUAUAAUCUAGUUGUUUGUGGUAGUCAUUACCUCAUCAUCCGGAUUGAAAUGACAAAAAAAAAAGUGUGAUGAAAAUCCAACACUAAAUUCAUCCAAAAAUAGUAGUUUACACUUUACACACUUGAAGUCUCGAAGGGUCUUCUUACCACAACGUAGUUAAAACGUUAGCCAAAUUUAGUUUAAGAAAAUCAUUAUGGAGCAAUGUCCAAUGAUGAUGUAUGUGGUUGACUGGGAUAACAAAAACUUUUGGAGUGAUGUGGGUUUGCAUGUUUUAAUAUAUACUUUUAGCUUUAUCUUUCUAAUUCAUAAUCAUAAUCUAUUCGAAUAAUUGCUUCCGACUCUUGGAAACUUUUAGAUCAUUGGCUAUUCAAAUAUCGGUUGAUAAUGUACCUGAGGCUUCUCAAACUUUUUAAAACAAAGAAAUUAUAUUGAAAAAAUAAGAAAUAUUAUUACGAAUAUACCCUUAGCAAGUUAUAUAAGAACCUCAUUCUCCUUUCUCUCUUCGACGACAUCGACAUCGACAUCGAUAUCUCUCUUCCUAGCUCUCUCUCUCUCACCGGAAAACUUAAUCGGACUUGCAUCUCCGACGUCAAAAUUCUCCAAACCGAAUCGGAAAUGGCGAAAGGAGGAAACAAACUGAUGAAGCUAAAAUCAGUUUUGAAGAAACUCAAUUCAUUCAACACCAAGCCUAACCAACCACAAGCUCAAACCAAUCACGGCCGAUCCUCCGCCGUGAGUGCAUUUCCCUCUGAAGACCUUCAAACUGUCUACGUAGGCCGAACACGGAGGCCGUACCACGUGAGCUCUGACGUUGUGAGCCACCCGCUCUUCCAGCAGCUAGCGGCGGUGGAUGGUGGAUGUGGCAGCGAGGACGGUUCCAUCUCUGUGUCGUGUGAAGUUGUCUUGUUUGAGCAUUUGCUUUGGAUGCUGGAGAACGCCGACGCCGACGAGUCACGCCCUGAGUCGGUCCACGAACUUGUCGAGUUCUACGCUUGUUAACUCUUUAUGAUUAAUUUAGGUUUAAAAUAUAUACAAUGAUUAAUGUUUGUAUAUUCUAUACUUUUGUAUACUUUACAUAGUCUUUCGUGAAAUAAUCUAUUUUUCUGUUUAAAUGAUAUAACAACCGAUAAAUAAAUGUUUGAUGAA